AAAUUUCAGUGCUAAUCACACUGAUACAUUGUUCAAAUGUUAUCACAUCACAGUUCUUUACCUUUAGGUGUUGGUUUUUAUCAUAAAAAGCCUUAGCGCUAUUUGUAGUGGAACCAUUCAUUUAGGGUAAUAAUAUACUAUGUCAAGUUUUCUGAUGUGAGAUUGAAUAAUUCUUCAACACUAAAAUCAUUUCCUUUUAAUUCUCUAAAAGCUAAUAACCUUCGAAAAUCCAUCUCUGUACCUAAUUUCAACACUAUUUAUACCACAUUCUAGUUAUGCUAGCUAGAGUAAUCGGUCUCAGCUACUGAAUAUCUAUACAAUUAAUAUGGAUUUCAAAGCUGUGAUCCUUCUGUUUGCCUCCAUUCUCUUACUUACUACAAAGGUCUCAUCUACUCAUGAUCAGGAACUCAAGAUAAAGAAUCAGAGUGAACGCCGUAGUUUAUUUAAUAUUUGGAUAUAUCCACGCAUUCCAUUUUGGAGCCCAGCAUUCAGGGAUCCAUAUCAACCAAAACGUCCACUGUAUAAACCGGAGGCUCCCAUAGUAAUGGAGGCCACGCCACCCACUUCCGAUGCAACUCCACCACCAUCGGCGAAUACCAGCUCAGAUUGCUUCAAGUUGUGUGACGUGAGGUGCAAAAUCGAAAAGAACAAGAAGAUCUGCAGGAAAUCGUGCAUGUUAUGCUGUGCCCGCUGCAAAUGUGUUCCGCCGGGAGACUACGGCACCAACAUGGACAAGUGUGGCAAAUGCUAUAGUACUGAUAUACAGUAUCACGGACACAAGUGCCCUUGACCUAUAUAUUAAUCUUGUAAUUAAUCAACUAAUUAAGCAUGAAGUCGAGAUAAUUAUUAAGUAUUAUGAGGAUUGAUCGUAAAGGACAAAAAAUAAAAGGCCAAUAUAUAUAAUUAUAUAUAUAUGGUAUUUAUAUGGCCUACGCGUCCCAUAUUUCAAUAGUAAUUAUUGUUCGUUUAAACUUCGAAACUUCAAUAGUAGAAUUAUAUUCAAUUGUCCAA